AGAUUUACUGAACUCUUCCCUUUUAUCAACCGGAGAAAGCCAAUCCUAGGUUGAACAUGUAACCGGUUUCUCUCAAGCAAACAGAUCUUCCAUUCGUCUCAAAGUUACCUUCCUGAGAUGAAGACAGCAAAGGGAAAAGGCAAAGCUAAGACCACUAAGGAAGCAUUGAAGCCAGUUGAUGACAGAAAAGUGGGGAAGAGGAAGGCACCAGCUGAGAAGCCUAGCAAGCGGGAGACUCGUAAAGAGAAGAAGGCCAAGAAGGACCCUAACAAACCAAAGAGAGCUCCUAGUGCCUUCUUUGUCUUCCUAGAAGAUUUUAGGCAAACGUUCAAGAAAGAGAAUCCAGAUGUGAAGGCUGUCUCUGCUGUUGGGAAAGCUGGAGGGCAUAAAUGGAAGUCAAUGAACCAGGCUGAGAAAGCUCCAUAUGAAGAGAAAGCUGCAAAGAGAAAAGCUGAAUACGAGAAGCAAAUGGAUGCAUACAACAAAAACUUGGAGGAAGGUAGUGAUGAAUCUGAGAAUUCUUUAUCCGAAGUGAAUGAUGAAGAUGAAGCUAGCGAGGAGGAAGAGAAGGUAGAGAAGGGAAAGGCAGGACAUGAUGAUGAUGAAGAUGACGAUGAUGAUGCUGAUGACGAUGAUGAAGAUGACGAGGAAGAAGACUAAACUGGAGAUAGAGAUCAGAGUUUAGAUCUCGAGCGUAACUGCAGGUCCAGAAGCAGAAGUAAGUAUUUUGUAAUUUGUGUGUUAGACAACUAUAGUAGAUCGAAAUGGUGUGUUUUGCUUCUUUUUUUUUUUCCUAAGACGGCGAAACAGUUCUAAGUGGUUCACGAAGUGUGUAUUUUAGCUUUUUCUCCACAACGUACAAUGUAUCCAAUAUCUGCUUUAGUGAUCAUCCAAACCAAG